AUGCCCUACCUUAGGACUCGCAUCCGUAAGCUCCAUCGCGAAGCAGAAAAAGACAAGGGAGAAGGCGAAUCGAUCAACCGAUACAACACGGUACGGCUAUCACCACCUCCUGACGACAAACUCAUAACGCUCGAUUGGGUGCCACAUAACUACAAGUACAAGUUUAGACCGCUGCCGCGCCAGGACGAUCCAGUCAUCAGAGAAAUCCUGGGCCUCAUCCGCAGCUUAAAUGGUCAGAACAUCGAGGUUGCAAAUAUGCGCUUCCGAGUAUCGCCGACCGACGAGUCCUUGCCGUUUUGGUUGGCUUUGCCUGAUUAUACCACCUACUGCAGCAAGCUGUAUACCUUCAUAGAUGACUAUCACGAAUUUCCACUUACUGGCCGGGUGACCUUCUCUCCUGGACUACCUGGCCCAACCGCAGACAAUCUCUGCCUAAAGAUAGGUAUAAAACGGUUUUUGCUGAAAGACUGGUUGCUGUCUAGCUACAAGUCUGUCAAAAGGUUAUCUGAUGGAAGUGGCCUAGUUGGCGAGAAAGGGUACAGGACGCAGCGCAAGUGGUGGAAGCUCAAUGGGAAGCAUUUCCGUCUUUUCGACCUUCCUGCCGAGGUUCGCAUGACGGUCUUCGAAUUCGCCCUCGGUCCUCGGAUUUACCCCUUGGUUGAACUCAACAGUUAUUCAGUUCGUCUCGGCAUCGGCUUCCCUAACUGGCUCGACAGCAGCCUUAUGCAGCGACGCACUUUUCUUCAAUUGUCCAUGGGUGACUUCCAGAGAGUAACAGGCUGCUCCGCUCACGAGCCUAAUAUCGCACUGCUGUCUGUCAGCAGGCAAACUCACAGCGAGGCACUCCAGGCUGGCUGGGAGAACACUCGAAAGUGCUUCUUCUCACUAAUACAUUUCGAUUCUAUCCCCGAUGCGCGCACUAAACCGAAGUACAACUGGCUCAAUCACAUUAUUCUUGACUUUAACAUGAGCGAUUGGUUCGACUUGCUUAAUCUCGAAGAUAUGCUUGGUCGAGAACCGAGGACCCACUUACACAAGAGCAGCUCCAAGUCUUCCAUUACGCUUCUCUCAACACUAGACAAACUAUCAACACUACAGCUUUGGUUCAGGAGCCCGGAUGAUGGCGCCUCCUGGUAUCCUCAUGGUAUAAAAACAAUCGUACACAAAGUUAACAACAUGCGGGAUGACAACGAUAACAAGAUCAUUUGCUGCCAACGUACCAUGGUAGACUUGAUCAUGACCUUCGCCUGGCCUUUUUUCAAGGACCUACGCGCAAAAGUAACUGUAGGCGGGAUUCUAAAGGAAGACAGAAAGAAGAAAUGGAAUGAACGCCUUGCUUUGUCUGCAGAAGACAAGCUUCACGUCAUCGAUCAGGAGGCCGCGGAGCAGGCUAUCUUCGACACACCUCUCGCUAACAUGUAA